AUGAAAGACAAAAAUCCUAAAUGCUGGAAAGAAUACUGUGCCAUCAUUAAAGAACAACAUGCUAAAGGAUUCGUAGAAGACAUCCCUACCGAACCACAAACUUCCAGUCCCAUAUACUACAUACCCCAUCAAGCACUGAUAAAGUCCACUAGUGCAACUACUGAGACCGGAAUCGUGCUCGAUGCCUCAUCAAAAAUGAAAGGUUAA